CCAACAUGUUCGGCAAUCUGUCCCUCUUCUCCGUCAAUGCGGUGCUGAUCACGUCCGCCGACGACGGCUCGCGCAUCUUCGCCAAGUACUACUCGGCGCCGCAUCCUCCGGCGGGCGUCUCUGCGCACUCGACCGACUACCCCGGAGCCAACCCUUACCCGACGGUGAAGGAGCAGAAGGCGUUCGAGAAGGGCCUGCUGGAGAAGACGAACAAACAGACCAGCGAUGUGAUCCUGUACGACAACCGGGUGGUGGUGUUCAAGCUCGAGAGCGACGUCAUGCUCUACGUGGUUGGGGGUGCCGACGAGAAUGAGGUCCUACUGUAUAACGUUGUUCUGACGCUGCGGGAUGCUCUGGGGAUUUUAUUCAAGGGCGCAACGGAUAAACGCACCAUUGUCGAAAACUACGACCUUGUCUCCUUGGCCAUUGACGAGAUCAUCGACGACGGCAUCAUCCUCGAGACGGACCCGGUCCUGGUUGCCUCUCGGGUCAGCAGGGCCCCCGCGGCGGAUGUCCCGAAUAUCAAGAACAUCGACCUGUCGGAACAGGGGCUCUACAACGUGUGGGAACUGGGCAAGCGGCGGCUGGCAGAGGGUCUGCGGCAGAUGUAGACUGCGGUUGCAUGUUCGGGGAGUCCACAUGGUGCAUUUUUUUCGAAUGUUCUUUUCUUCUCUUUCCUAUGUUUUCUUUCUUUCUGUUCUCUGAUGCCUCUGGCUGGCCCUGGCGUAUUUGGUAUACACAUCUCGUUAUAACGUCGGUUUCCACUUCUAUGCUUUACAGGAGAUUCUCAGACACCCUUCCCUCGAGAAUUCUACAGGAAAUUCUACAGAAUUCUACAGGAAAUUCUACAGGAAAUUCUGCCGAGAACCCUUGAGAACCCCUAGAGAAUCCCCAGAGAGUACCACCCAUGAGAGUAUUCUCCUAAUCUCGUUCAACUACUCUGGCCUCAAAGACACCAAGUCAAUAACCAAUUGACCAGUCUCAUACUGAUUAUAG